UUGAGAAGGGGAAGAGAGCCAUGCACCAUGAAGUUUGCUUGGAUCAUUCAUGCUUAUGGAGCGCCGAGGGAGGGCCAGAUCUCGUACUACUUCCCUCCUCGCGGACUUCAGCCUGUUCCUCUCCGAAUGAUCGCUGGAAUAUGACGGCUGGGGGAAUGAAGCGCUGCUGUCGAAGAAUUGGCAAGGACUGCAACCACGAAGACGAAGAAGAAGAAGACGAAUAGCAUAUGGCGCAAAUUUGCAUGUGUCCCCUCGGCACUUCACUCGAUACUAGGGACACGAUGCGUUAAAAUGUUAACAUGCAGGGAUUGUGGAAGAGUUACUGUCAUUGCUCAUGGUGAUUCAAUGAAUUGUAUCUCAUCUUGAGGAAAAUUGAUCCGAGGCAUUUCGGUAGGAAUUUGUCGAAAUUUGACGAAGAGCGGGAAUGGCGGAAUCACGUGAGUUUCGGAUGAUGCUCGAGGCGAAAGAGCGCGAGCUCAUCGCUCUCUGCGACCAGCAGAUUCAAUCCCUACAAGGCCAGGUUAGCGAAAAAGAGAAUGCGGUGGCUGAGUUGAGGGAUCAAAUCUCCCAGUUACAAGAUGACUUUAAAUAUAAUCUUGCUUUGCUGGAUGCGCGGGAUGCAGAGCUGGCGCAAUAUGACGUUUCGAGUGCUGCUCUCGAGGCAUCUGUGGCGGAGAGCGAGGAGAGAGUUAAGGCAGCUCGCAAGGCUCUUGCAGAUGCUCAGACACUCAGAGUUCAGGAGAAAGCGAGGGCAGAGGAUUUGGAGUAUAUAAGCCAGCAGAAAAUUUCAGACUUAGAAAAACAGGUUGGUUCUGGGUUAUCAUUUCCUGGACUUGAUUAUAAUCCUUGUAGCCACCGCGGCAGUGUUAUCUACGAUGAGAUAGAAGGUCUGCAAAGAUUUAAAGAGGAGCUACAAGCUAAAUCUCAACAAGAAAUAGAGUCCAUUAAAACUGAGUUGAAGGAUCUUCUAACGGAAAAAUUGGAGUCAGAGGAAGAGCAUAAGAAGGAACUGGACAAGGCAACAAAAAAGUGGAAAGAGAAAGUAGCUAAGGCUGAGGCCCGUUUUUCGGAGAGUGAGGACGAUCUCAAGUCUGCUAAUAGGAGAAUUGAAGCUACUGACGAGACGUGCAAAAAUCUUAAGAAGGACCUUGAAGCUGUUCGCUUAAGUCACAAGGAAGAUGUUGAUGCUGCUUCUCGGCGAGAAAAGGAGCACAGUAUAAAGGAGGAAGAGCUAUCAUCGAUCAUCGAUAAACAAGCUAAAGAGAUUCAGGCACUAGAUAAACAGCUACAUCAACUAAGAGAAAACAAGGAUGCUAACGUGCAAGCAGGCGAUCCCAGCGGCAAUCUCAAGGAGCAACUGAUAGAAUUGAAAGCUCACCACAAUGCAACCGUGGACUUAUUUAAAGGGGAAAUCGAUUCCCUCAGUAACAAAUUAGAGGGUGCUGCUAGUCAGACGCGGGCCUUAGAGGGUGAGAUAAUACGAAUACGAAAGGAGCUGGAAGAGAAGGCGCAAGAGCACAAAGAAUUGGACGAGAAACAUAUUAUACUCUAUAGUAGCUACCACGAUCUUCAGAAGAAGCUGUUAGAAAAGAGUCGACCACUGGAAGGAGUAUUACCUCAGGGACUGGAUCUCCCUGAGAAAGGCAGCGGUGGAUCCAGCUCCUAUCCGGCUGCAUCGCCGCUCAUGUCCCCUGGAUUGUCUCGUGAGGAUGUGAUUAGGAUAAAUCAAGGAAAGUUGGAAGCUGAGAACAGCCAGCUACGAGCUCGAUGUGAAGAACUUGCUCUACAGAAUGACCGUAUACGUGACGUCGUGGGAACUAUGCGCAUGGAAAUGGAGGCUCUGCAGAACCAAACCAAGAGUCUAUCUAUCACUCCACCCUCUAGCCCUAUCAAAAAGCGUUCAGGGAUCGAAGAUGUAAAAGAAGAAGUAAAAUACUUGAAAUCUCUAGUUCAGACAAUGUCCAACGAUAUAGGCGAUAUACGAGGAAGAUCACCUACUGUUCAUUGUCGAAGGUCGUCAGAGAGACGCUCGACCUCACUGAAGAGAUCAGGUGUGUCACCUAUUCGUCGGCCGAAAUCAUCUACGAAAUUGCGAUCCCACUCUUGGUCUCGAUCAUCAAUAUCACCCAGUCAUGGUGUGAGACCGGACAGUCCCAAUUUUUCUCCAGCAGGAGAGACAGUAGACAAGGUAUCGGAAGUGGACUCUCUGAACGCAAGUCUUCGUGCCCAGCUGGAGGCCGUCAAAACAGACAUGUCUCGCAUCAUUAAAGAGCGAGACCUUCUGAUGGAGCUCAGCAAUGGCCUCCGAGCCGAUCUCAGUAGGAUUGUGCUUUCUUCGGGAACUGGAGAAUUUGCACACAAUUCCUCUUUUGGCUACAGUACUGUUCCCCCAAGUCUAAUUGCUCAGCAGGAAUUUGAAUCGGACACGAUUCCAAGAAAUGAAACAUUGAUAACAAGCAUGAGCAACCAACUCGAUGUUACACAUCCAAUACGUCCACGGACAACUUCGCCUAGCACAACUAGGUUCAGAAACAAUGCGAAAGCUCAAAUAUCGAGCUCAAAGCAAUGGGGCUUUGGCGUUAGCCACGGAGCCACGAGGGAAAAGAGUGAAGCAAUGAGUAUGCAAAUGGAAGGGACAUCUUACCUACAUGAACGCCCUCAAGGAGUUGAUAAUGACCCUCUUCACAAGGGAACAAAUAGUCAGCGAGCUCGGUUCAAAGCAGCAAUUAAACGUAAAGAAGAACUCAGUAAACCGAAAGUUAGAAACUGGAAUAUCAAAGAUGACCAUCCUCUGAAGGCGUGAGACGUUGGCUUGUCCAACAUCCCAGUUUACCCAAAGUCUAUUUUUGAAUGACCAGCACAAACUGGUCGUCUAGAAAAUCUACCCUCAGAAAGAAAGGCUAACCUUUGAUUCAUUGUUUUUUUCUUCUUUUUUUUCUUCUUUUUUUUAAAAUUAAGCGGAAUAUGGAUAUGCGUACAUUAGAGAUACGUAUACUGGUUGGGAAUAAGUCUGGCGGUUUGACCCUUGUAUAUUUUGAUGUAUUUAUAUACAUGAUAUUCAACAGUAUUCUAUUUCUUGGAACCAAACCCAAGUGCCACGCUUCUAUAUUUCUCUCAUGCUAGAUGUAUUUAGACAGUAGCAAUGCAAUUAGAAAAGAUGUAAAUUGUGUAAUCAGCACUUAUCUCAGUGUGGGGAUCGUACACACUGAUUUUUAGUUGUUUCUAAUCAAACCUCUGUAAUUCUAUGCAGGUUUAUGCAAGCGGUAUCCGUUCCAACUCUCUAUUCCUCGCCUUAACUUGAUCUUGUGAAGUGGAGCAUUCAGUCAUGUUUGUAGGUCAGUGCCAUUGUGCCCUUCAACAGACUAAAAGUGUUGCGGUGGAUGCACUUCCUUAAGAAACUGGUCCAGUUCACAGCAAAAAGGAUCAAGCGUUACAUUUCAGUCACAUGUGCAGAUUAAAACAGCGUUGACAUGCAUAUCCUGCUCAGACAUGAAAUUGUCCUUUUAAUGAGAAAUAGUCAUGUAGGUCAGUUUUUCGAAUACGUAAAAUGCGGAAGGUAACGUACAUGCAGAUCAAAUGAGUACCAUUCCGUUACGUCUUAUGUUAUUAUUGACGGCAGAUUCAAUUUUGCGAGACUUGAGCACUUCACAAAUUUGACUUACCACGGAAUGGAAUCAAAUAGAAGUGAAGUCUUUCAUCAAUGGGAGGUUCUUAGAAUUUAUUUGAAUUACAUUCGUAGUGUGCAGUUAUUAUAUGACCAUUGUCAUGUGUCUGUAGUGGUUUCUCUGAAGCUGCCACAACAAACAGGCUGUUGAAUUUUGAUUACUAGAUGACAUGGGUGUGGAACUAUGGCCUUAUCAGUCCCAUGCCCACGCGGUCAUGAGGUUGCAGGUUGAUGAAAUGCAGGUAUAAUAUAGCCUGCAAAACAAGUCGCCACAUCGACACGAGUCGGUCAAUUUGGAAUGUUAACAGAUGAUGCCCAUAGGAUUGGUGGCAAAUCAUAUUUGAUGGUGGAGAUGAAUACGGUGUUGAUAUCAUGAGAGAAUCUCUCACAAAUUUUGCCGUUGGAAAUGAGACGCGUGCAUAGUUUGAACAAGAAGGUAGCGACAUGCAAACUCACGAGACUUCCAUGCUUGGUGAAAAUGUUGCAGAUGCAGCCUGCGUUGGAGCGUCAACGGCGCAUCACUUGUUCGAUGGUAAUGGAGAUUUGUCACCUUCCACCAUUGGCACGUACAUAAGUAGGACAAAGCAGAUCGGUCAAAGAAAGAACAAUUGUUAUGAUGAGUGAAAUUUUUCUGCUACCACUUGAAACAGAAAUAGCGAUUGCGAGAUUUGAAAUCUGUGAAGAUUUGCGUGUGAUAUUUCAACAACGUGUUGUCUGAUCGAAACAGUGAAGAUUUGCAUCUCA